AUGAACGCCCUCCUAGCUGAGAUUGAGGCCAAGAAAGCCGCGAUCCAGCUUCCAGCGAACGCCGCUGCUGGUCCCUCCUCCGCCGGGCCCAAGAAGUACAUGCGCCGCGCCGAGGUCGAGGCUGCUAAAGAAGAGGAAGAGAGGGUACGGAAGGAGGCGGCUAGGGAGAAGUUGCGAAAAGAGAAAGAGGAGCGGGCUGCGAAGAAGGGAGGUGCUCCUUCUACUAAGCAAGUAGAGUCAGCUCGGAAUGCCGCCGUCACGCGGAUAGCGGGCUCUCCUACCCCCGGUACCGGUAGCUCGGCGCUCUCGGCUACGGGCACGCCCGAGCCGGACCAGGCCAAGGAUAAAGAAUACCAAAUAACGCCCGCCGAGACGACCCGGCGUCUUCGGGCACGAGGCCACCCCGUCCGCCUAUUUGGCGAAGAUGACAAGGACCGGCGCGCGCGACUUCGGGCUAUAGAGCUCGGCGCGGACGAUAGAGGGACGGGCGUCAAGGCGGACGCGUUCUGGCGGACGUUGAAGGGCGUGGAGGCGGGGCUGUUGGAGAGGGAUGCGGAGCGGGCUGGGGCUGGGAAGAAGCGGAAAGCUGUAGAUGAGGCGGAAGGGGAGGGGGCUGAGAAGGACAAGGAGGCAAAGGGGGAGAAGGAGGUGAAGAGGGGAGACGAUGCGAUUGAUAUGGUCGCGAUCAAGGCGGAUCUGAAUAAGGCUUAUCCGCUGGUGUACUGGGCGUUCAAAAACAUCUAUAAGGAGUGGGAAGAUUGGAUGGAGGCCCGACCGGACGAUAUCAAGCGGACAACAGCGGGCAAGGUGGCGCUCGCGACGCAGGUUCAGUCGGGAGUCAACAUGAAGCCUCUCUUCAAGCAACUCCGGUCACGAGAUAUGCCUCCAGACCUCAUCUACAAGCUAGCCGAGCUAUGCCAUCACGUCCAACAACGGCAAUAUCAGCGUGCAAACGAUGCCUACCUCCGCCUGUCCAUCGGGAACGCUGCGUGGCCUAUUGGAGUAACUUCGGUGGGACUGCACGAGCGAGGCGCGCGCGAAAAGAUCACGGAGGAUGUGGUGGCGCAUGUGCUGAAUGACGAGGUCAGCAGAAAGUGGAUCCAGGCUGUUAAGCGAUUGGUCACUUUCAGCCAGAUGAUUAGGCCCCCGAAGGACGCCGCACAAGCUAUGGGAUAG